UGAAUCUGCUGAAGUGGUGGUAGUGGUGGUGAAUUUCUUAUACAAAAUGGCCGUAGUAUUGUAGAGUGUGAAACGUACGGCCGUUUGGAAGUAUCUAAUGAGUUAUAUUGGACUUUUGUAUGGGCCUUUCUCGCCAAUUGGGCCCCACCGCAAUUGGAAUAGUGGUUGCGGCUCAGAUCCGCGACCUGCUAAAACCCAUCGCGAAAUGUAAGAAUCACGCGUGAGAAGUGUGAGUGUAUCAUCUCUUUGUUUCCUCUUCACUCUCCAUGGCCUGUUCCGUUGUUGCUGCUGCUAAUACUACAACACUACCGAUGCGAGCCGGUCCAUCUCUUUUUCUUUCUGCAGUAUUAUAUACGUAAAUCAUCUAUAUUUGUAUUAUUGGUUGGUGCUGUGUAUAAUAAGUGUGUGUGUGUGUGUUGACUAUGUCGAACAGUGGACAUUUUUCGUGGAAGAUCAUCAACAUCAUCAUCUCGGGAGAAAAGAAAACUUGGAUGCGCCAGUGACCAUCCCAGGUGGCUAUUAUCGAAGGCAGCUAAGAAAGAAAACAUUCCAAACGAAUUUGGCGACUUUCCAUGCAAAAUAAUAAUAUCCGAGGGGAGGAGGGAAUCUGCCAACUUAUUCAAACCACUAAGUUUCCAGUCGCCUGGAUACGCAGAUGGUAGAAUGUGGUCUUCUUGAGGAGCGGAAAAACAGUCGACGCCGUAGACGAAGAAUAAGAGGAGGAAGGAGAAUAAAGUUUACGUCUAGCGCGGGGACAUCCGAGUGAUAAACAUCAAGUAAAGAUGGAAAGAAACAUGUGUGCAGUGGACGUUGCAAAGUGCGAUGAGGACGUGAUGAUGAGGUGGAGGUGUUGGUGGUGGUGCUGCAGCGGCCGCCGCCGGUGUCGGGGGACGAAACGCGAGACUGUUAAUAGUAACUGUGAUCCGUAUGUUGAUAUUGUGGGUGGUGCAGCAUCCACUGUCGGCGGAAUUAGUAGUAUUUGGUUAAUGUUAAGAGUGGUAAUCUUAAGUUUGUAUUUAAUGUUGCGCGUGUGCCUAAAGGUUUUCGCGGAUGGUAGACCGUUCCGAGCGGUGACGAAGAUUCUGCUCGUGGUGGCGGUUGCGUCGCGCGUUCAAUGCUUCACCAACGAGUUUGAGAAGACGGAGCAGUUCCUGGACAAGAUCAACCUGGAGCAGAGCAUUGCCGCAGUUCUGCAGAAGGUCGCCUACGGGUCUACGACAAAGCGAUCCAUCCCGGACAACGCGUACCCUGUGACGACGUUGUCCACGCCAUUGCUGACAACAUAUCGAUACUCGGACGGUUCUGACGAGUACUUACGAGUCGACGUGAAGAGUCCAGAGAACAGGGAUAUACCCAGAUCGAACUUUGAUUACGAUCAGGGCGGAGGAGGAGGAAGCGACGGCGACGGAGAUGGUGGUGGUGACGGUGGCAUCGGCUACGGAUCUGAUUUGGAGAAGGAUCACGUGUUGCCGACUAGCGCGCCCGCCGCCGAUAUCCUGAAGAAUAACAACAACAAACAUUACGAUAACCCGAACAGGUAUAACAACGACAGGGCGAAGCCGCACUAUGACUCCUAUAAUCCGGAGUCGGCCACGGAAAAUGUUUACAAGAUGACGACCACUUACAACGGCCUGCGGAACGUUCGGCCAACGAAGAGCAUUUACAGCAAAGAUGUUCCCAGCUACGUGCCGCCCAGCCGGGCAUUCUUUACGCCGCCUCUGCCGCCUGAUUAUUUGAAUCCGUUCGCGGAUAAACCGACGCUACGCGGCACCAACUCAGACAGCUUCAUCAAUCGCCGCCCCAUACCACCGCCUAGCCUAAUGCCCAAUAAGGAUCGCAUUCCCUUCAGGCCGGACCUCCCGCCCAGCAAAGUGAUCAACAUGGAACGAGGAGGUGGCGGAGGCGACAACAGUAACGGCGGUGGCAGGUCGCCAGGUAGCCUGGAUCAGCACCAGCAGCAUCCGCACCAACAAAAUGGCAGGAAUCAGAGUGCAAUGGAGGAUAAACCGAAGAAACACCUGAACACGCCCUCUCAGAACGUGAACAUCGACCGGCUGGGCGAUUUUUACGGUCUCAACAGACAACACAACGAAACGAGCUUUGAAUACGAAAAGGGCUACAUACCAUCCAUAACCAGGAUUUUGAGCGGAUCUAACGGCCGGCACGACGACAUCCCAGAUAUUCUACUGCGAACAGUCACCGCCACACCCAACGUGCAGCACAAGCAGGAGAGGAAGCAUCAGCAGCAACCUCCACAGAUGCCGUCGCCGCCGCAGAGAACGCCUCCGAUUCAGGAAACUAGAACCCCCGAAGUGAAAGAGACGAUGGAUAGAGGAGCGGGCAUCAUUCCCGCUGAGGAAAUGACGCCGCCACAGCAGAGGCCAGCCGACCGAUCGGAGAGUGUGACAGUGAAGAAGGAGACUCUAGAGCACGCCGAGACCAAUUUGAACCUGGAUCUUACAACGCAAAGUUCAGAAUUUAACUUGCCCAACGUAAAAACAAAGAAGAACAAUGUGACCAAGGCUUCGUCCGACGAGAUCUGGUGCAUCGCGUGGAACGUGCAUGUUUACCUGGUCGUGUUCUGUUACAUAGUGCUAGCCAUUUUCUCCAUAUACAAACUGGUGCGCUACGAGAACGAUCCUCACAUGUUCAGCAAAAGCUACUUCCUGACCAUACACCUCAUGCUGACCGUCAUCUGCGUGCUGCGCAUCUUCUACCUCACUUAUGACCCGUACAACGUAGACCGUUCAUUCAAUAUAUUUCUGUACGAUUUCCUACAUAAUUUUCCGCUCAGUCUGCUGGCGACGACGUUCGCCAUUCUUAUCCUGUUUCUGCUGAAGCGCACACUGACACAUCUGAAGGUUAAAACCAAGCCGCUGUUCCUGGUUAUCUUCGGAUUAAUGCACAUCUUGCUGUGCUUCGUAGUGAGCGUCGUCGAGACGAUCGGGUACUUCGACAAGGGAGGCAGUCUGGAUGUCUGCAAAACAGUGUUCGUGUUACUCGCUUGGGCGCUGGGAGGCAGCUAUCUCUAUCUCUAUCGUAUCAUCAAGAAUGUCCUGGCGAAAAAGAGUCAAAAUCUGUCCGAGAUGUGCACGCAGAACAUCAGCUACGCCUCGCACAUCACCAUAGCAGUGGCCCUUCUGUUCAUCCUGCUUGGUUCGGUGCAGAUCUAUGCUCUGUUCUGUAUCAAGGUAGACCGCUUCAACUCUGAGAUCAAGCACCACUGGAUUCUGUGGUCUUUCGAGCUGUCCGUCCGCCUCAUCGAGGUUUCUAUCAUCACGUUGCUGGCCAUCGUUGUCAGCCUGAAGAUGUCGCAGCGUGAGAAGCAGACGACCGGCUUCCCGCUGUUCCCAUGCACCACAAGUGAGACGAGCUCCGACAACAUGUACCCGAACAACUGCAACACCAACCCGAACGCACUCAAUUACAGCAGACAGGAGAUGGUGCUCGAUAGUUUGCCCUCAGCGGAGACCAUCGAAAGACCCAAUCUGCUGAAAAACGCUGCUUUCCAGAACGAGUCUUUCGACAAGAAGUCGACGCUGGAACGUUAUCGGCCGGGUAGCAACAGCAACAACAGCAAUCACAGUAACAACUGCGAAGACUUUGAUCGCUUUGAGAGACCGAAGUGGGGCAGCGAGAGAUUCGAGAGGUCCUGCAACAACGAUCCUAGGGAGCAGAGCAGUCUGAGCAGCUUUGAACGAAACUCGAACACUGCGUCGCGGAAUUCCGCCCGCAAAUACGACGCUGCCAAAUACUACAAGCCCAAGUACGACAUAGAACAGGAAUACCAGAAGCAGCACCAACACCAUCAUCAGCAGCAACAGUUAGACUACGUAAGGGGCGGCGAUGUCUGCCCUUCGGCCGGAAACAACGUGUACAGUGAACCGAUCGACCAACAGCAAAACCAGUACGAGAGGACGCGGCACGAGUUCGAGAGAUCAGACUUUGACAGGCGAUCGCGGAAUAGCAGCAACACAUCCGGGAGGCGGUCAACAACCGGCCGCUCUCGCAAAAACAACCACCCCCGGCCGCAUCUGGGCGUGCAGACAUUGCCCAACCACGAACGACACCCAGCGACGACACCUCCGAUCGGUGGCAUAGGUGGUGGAGGAGGAACCGAAACGAUGAUUGUCGAUGAUCAGGGUUUCGUCCGCUUCAGGCACAUGCAAGAUCUCGAGUGCAAUGACAGAUCCAAGAGGCAUAAGAAACAGAACAACGAGGUCAACCAUUAUUCAGACGCUUGAGCUAAGUAGAAACGAAAACAACGUUAUUUAAUACAAAACAAACAAACAAAAAAAAAACAAAAUAAUGAAGAGUUAUUUGCUGCCGCCGCCCUCUUCUCAUUCGUGUUUUUCUUGUUUUGCCUCGGAAAAUGAAUUCAAGUAAUUUAAAAAAAUCCAUAAUGAUGAACGAAAAAGAGAAAAGAUAAAAGUCAAGAUCAAUUAAAUUUAUUCUUAACGUCUCUCCGUCGUCAAAAUUAAUUCCAAUUUGCAGAAUUGAUUGUAUGUGUGAAACGGAAAUAGUUAAUCAUCAAUUUCAAUUAGUUCAAAUUAAGUAAUAUAUUUGAGAGGAUUCUUGUCAAUUGCGGCGAACGCGCAAUUUCGUUUUGCCCUGAUAAUUGUUAUUGUUUCGACUGCCCGGAACUCUGUGGAACGAGAAAACGAUAUAGCUAAGCGCGACAUUUAUGAAAUUAAUUCGCAUUACUAGUAAGUCUCUUUCUACUUAAGUAAAACAAAGCAAGAGAAGAAAAAAUUUGACUGAUUUAUUUUAUUUAUUUUUUUUGAAGUAUGGAGGAAGAGGGAGAAUAGAAAAAUGAUUGCGCAACCAUCCUUCAUUAAUUAUAAGUAUAUAAAUUUGAAAGGGAAAGGAAGCAAUUGUUAAAUCUCGGAUUAUCUUCACGUACAUACGCAAACAGCUGUCUCUCGUUGUCAUCGUCAUAUGAAUAUUUGAUUAGUGUAAUAUACCGUCCCUGAAUUAUUAUGAGUAUGAGAGCGAGCGAGAAAAAAAGUGUGUGAUAAAGAGAUAGAAAGAUAAAGAUGAGUAAAGAAAAGCAGAAAUUCGAUCAUCACCCCCCACAUUUACACGCACACUUAACAUCAUCAUUUAUUUAUCGUUAGUUAUUAAUUUCAUUAUGAUUUUUGUGUACAUAGAUUUUUUUUUUAAAUUUUAUAAUUUCUAACAUUAAUUAGCUGCAAAUGUCCUGCCCUGUCCUCUUCCCAUAUUCCUCCGCUCCGUUUAUUCUUUUCUAUUCGAUCUCUGAUUGCGUGGGGCGAUCUUUAUGUGUAAUAACCAUCCCUACGAUAAAACCUGUUGUAUAAUUUCGAAAUCCUUGCCAAUAAUUAAUUUGUAUAUUUUUUUUAUCGUGAUCGAUCCACGUAUAUUUUCUAAUGGCCACUAAGAAAUCCAUUUUCAUCCUUGCACCGCCAAAGAAAUGCGGAGAACCUAUUAUAUUUACGUAUAUAAAUAUACACAAAUUAUAUUUUUGUUUAUUAAUUAAUUAAUU